CUCGACACCGUCAGUCUGCGAGACCGCCUCAAGCGAUCAACACCUGUGAGCAGUUAAAAACAGAAAACCAAUUCAAUUCAAAUCGCAACCCAAGCCAGCCCAACCCAACCCAACCUGUACUACCAAUUAGCAGGCUCUUAACUCAACCGAAGUGAAAGAAAAGUGGCUGAGAAAAAAAAAAAAAAAGGGAAACUCAGGCGGUAUGCAAGUGCAGAAGGCAGCCCAACCAGAUGAGCCCAACCCACCAACCCAGCCGAUUGAGAUUCCGAACGCAGCACAUGCCGCUGGAACAGUUUUAGCCUAGAGAGUUGCUUUAUUUUGGCCACAAAGUGGGCAGAGAGGAGAAGGCGGAGACCUGCUGAGUGUGUUCACUGUGGAGAGUGGAGUGGUGUGGAGUGUGUGUAGCUGGUUCGAGAGAUCAGUGGAAAACCAAACAAACUCAGACCGCAGCCAAAUCGAAACAAAACAAAAGCGCCACAAACGAACAGCAGCAUGAAUCAAACGCAAGUGAAUAAUUUUCUCAAGUGCUUCCUGCAAAUCGAUGAGCCCGCCGCCAACCGCUGGGCAUCACGUCACGAAGGAGAGGAUCAUGACGAUCACGACGACCAUGACCACGACCACGAUCACGACCACGAUGAUGAGGAUGUGAGUGGAGUGCUGGUGGCCAAGGUCACCGCCAUGGUGGUGCUAUUCUGCGCCAGCACCAUUUGCGGCUCCAUUCCCUUCCUGCUGAACCGCUGCUACCGCUGGACGGAGAACCAAACGAAUGCCAGGUCAGCGAUCGUUGUGAAAUGCCUGCUGUACUUCGGAGGCGGCGUCCUGCUGGCCACCACCUUCCUCCAUCUGCUGCCCGAAGUGCAGGAGGUGGUCGAGGAGCUGCAGGAGUGCGGCAUCGUCGGCGAGCUCAGCUUUCCGCUGGCCGAGUUGCUCAUGUGCUGCGGCUUCUUCCUCAUGUACUUCAUCGAGGAGGCCAUGCACACGUAUGUCCACCAUCACCAGAAGGACGAGGCGGGCGCCGCCUUUGAGCGGGGUCACAGCAUCCGGAAUAGCCAUCUACUGAAACCCAGCGAGGCCACCGCACCCACUGCCCCAUCGACGCAGUCCUUGGCAGGCACCGCCGAACUGGGAACCCUCUCGGUGCAGAAUCUCCUGCAGAGCGAUCUGGAGCAGCAGAAGUUUGCCUCUAAGCCGCAGAGCAAGGUCAAUGGACACGGACACAGUCAUGGCCAUGGCCAUGGCCAUAGCCAUCUGCCAGUGAUGGCGGAUGAUGCCUCCGCCGGCGACAUGCUGGCCUCCUCGCUGCGCGGACUCUUCAUUGUGUCCGCUCUGUCGCUGCACGAGCUCUUCGAGGGCAUGGCCAUUGGCCUGGAGAGCUCCGCCAGUUCGGUGUGGUUCAUGUUCGGCGCUGUGUCUGCCCACAAACUGGUUCUGGCCUUCUGCGUGGGCGUCGAGCUCAUUGUGGCCCGCACCCGGAUGACCCUGGCCAUUGUCUACGUGCUGACCUUUGCCGUGGUCAGUCCGCUGGGCAUCGGCAUCGGCAUCCUGAUCAAUCAUGGCCAGGAGACGAGCGGACCAAGUCUGGUAUCGGCCAUCCUGCAGGGCUUCGCCUGCGGCACACUCAUCUAUGUGGUGUUCUUCGAGAUCCUCUCGAAGAAUCGAUCCGGUCUGCGUGCCUACCUAGCCCUAUUUGUUGGCUUCCUCGUCAUGUUCGGCCUGCAGCAGUUGACUUCCGGUGGUGGACACGGUCAUAGCCAUAGCCACAGUAGCUGCUCAUCGUCCAGCCACACAGACGAUCACCAUGAGACUGAGACCAGGUCGGGCUCGGGCCACGCCCACGACCAUGAUCACGACCACGAUCACCCACCUCACCAUAACCACGCCGAGGAGCUGGCCGCGGUCCACAACUACGAGCAGCAGCUGCAGCUCCUGCGGCAGGUGACCCAAAAGCUGCUCGAAGCACACCCCAAGAAGGACGCCUAGGUGGUAGACUGCCCAGCAGAGUUUUGAUCUAAUUAUUGUAUUAUAUAUGUAUUUAUGUAGACAUAAACUGUAAUCAUAGUGAAAGUAAAACCAAAUUAAAUAUAACAAAGUUA